AUGGAUGAGCUGCAGGAGAAGGGGAAAGUCUUUCUUCAGGACAUGCAGCUCAAUAUGAGUGUCCUCCAAGAAAAGUGGAACCAAGCAAAAGAGAUACUGACUCACAUUCACUUGCAGGAGAAAGCCCAUGGCCUGUCCGAGGGUCAGCUCGUGUGCCGUGAGCUCAGCCCGGGGCAAUUCAAGGGGCCCGUCCAGUAUGCCGCGUGGAAGGAGAUGAAAUCCAUACUCAGCCCAGGCCUAUCCUUGAUAACGCUGGACCCCACAACAGCGCACCCCAACCUUGUGCUGUCCACGGAUCUUACCAGCGUGAGACACAGCGACACCAAACAGCUGCUGCCCAUCACCCCGGAGAGGUUUGAAUCCAGCAUCGCUGUGCUGGGAGCCGAAGGUUUCAGCACAGGGAAACACUACUGGGAGGUAGAGGUGGAGAAGAAGACCAAGUGGACCUUGGGAGUGGUGAAAGGCUCCAUCAACCGCAAGAAGAGGCGCCCGCUCUCGCCCGCAGAAGGCUACUGGGUCAUCAUGUUGAGAAAUGGCCAUGAACUUAAAGUGCUGGACGUGCCCACCAAAGGGCUGCUCCUGCAGGCGGGCAUCACUAAGGUCGGUGUGUAUCUUGACUACGAGGGCGGGCAAGUGUCCUUUUACGAAGCUCACGCCAUGUCCCACAUCUACACGUUCAGGGACACGUUCACGGAGACGCUCUACCCCUACUUCUGCCCAGGCCUGAACGAGGCUGGGGAAAACAGCCACCCGCUGCAGGUAUUUUCCACCAAGACCUAG